AUGUGGUGUACAGGAAUGCUGUACAGCGAUCUCCUCGAGUGUUCCAGCAAGAAAUGGAUGCAAGUGAGACAGAGUCGGACGAGGGGACGGCAGGUUGGAGGAUGCCACGGACAAAAGCAAGCCAAGGCUAGGGACAGAGCAGGGAGCCCAAGGAGGAAUAGUCCAGAUUUCGGGGAUCAGGGCUUCAAAGGCUGUGAGGUCGAACCUAGGCUGGUUGGUACAAGCGAAUUGCAAAGGGAAAAAAGACACGAAGACCAAGGACCCCAAAAGCAACAGGGGAAGCGAAGAUUAAGGAGGAGGAAGAGGGAGAGAACGGGUGAAGGCGGUUCAACGCCAGCGCAGGAAGGUUGGUGGUGGUUGGGCUGGAUGGGGCAAGAUGGAAAGGGGGCAAUCGGUAUUGUCAUGUACUGUAAUAUUGGAGAGUCUGCAGCCCAUAAUUUGCGGCAAGGUUGA